UCGGAGGGGGGGAGGGGAGGUGGUCUCCACGGCGACCGCGCCGGGCCCAAGAGGGGCUCCUCCGGGUGAUGACAGCAGCCUCUCAUCGCGGGGGAGGGAAGGCCGGGCCCGCCUAGGCCUCGUCCCGGGGACGGGGUUCGGGGGAGGCGGCCAGCGAGUAGCAGCGGCCCAGCAGGGGCGGGGUGUCCAUCCCGCGCCCGGCUCCCUUGGGGGUGGGGCGGUAGGAAGGAGCGGCCCGCGGCCCAUGGGCGAGCCCGUCGGCCUGCUGCCGGGCGAGCGAGGCGGAGGAGCGGCCCGGGCAUGGCCGGCGACCCGCCGCCCGCCCUGCUGUGGGUCCAGGAGGCCGGCCGGGGCCUGGCCGGCCGGGCCCGCAGGUGCCUGCUCCAGGCCGGGGUGCUGGCCUGCACCGUCCUGCUCCUGCUCUGGGUCUCCGUCUUCCUCUACGGCUCCUUCUACUACUCCUACAUGCCCACCGUCAGCCACCUCAGCCCCGUGCACGUCGUCUACAGGUCGGACUGCGAUUCCCCAGGCCCCACGCUCUGCUCCUUCCCCACUGCCAACGUCACCCUGGUUAAGAGUGGACGGGAUCGGGCGCUGAUGUACGGGCAGCCGUACCGCAUCUCCCUGGAGCUGGAGCUGCCCGAGUCCCCCGUGAACCGAGAGCUGGGCAUGUUCAUGGUGACCAUCGCCUGCUACACCCGGGGCGGCCGCGUCAUCUCCUCUUCGGCCCGUUCGGCAAUGCUGCAUUACCGCUCGGCCCUGCUGCGGCACCUGGACACGCUGGUCUUCUCCAGCCUCUUGCUGUCGGGCUUUGCGGAGCAGAAGCAGCUGCUGGAGGUGGAGCUGUACGCCGACUACCGGGAGGACUCGUACGCGCCAACCACGGGGGCGGUGAUCCAGAUCCACAGUAACCGCAUCCAGCUCUACGGGGCCCAGCUGCGGAUUCAUGCCCAUUUCACGGGCCUCAGGUACCUGCUGUACAACUUCCCCGUGACCUCGGCCCUCGUCGGCAUCGCCAGCAACCUCACCUUCCUCAGCGUCAUCGUGCUGUUCAGCUACCUGCAGUGGGUGUGGGGCGGCGUCUGGCCCCGGGACCGCUUCUCCCCGCAGGCCUACAUCCGAGACGGGGACCGUUGCCGGCAGGAAGCCCAGCGCCAAGUCCCCGCUCACCAGACAGGCUCCAGGGGCCGCGAGGCUCUGACCCCGGCGGCAGGAGGAAGGCCCGAUAGAGGACGGGGACCGGGCAGGGCUGCGGGAGGAGGAGGAGGUGGAGGGGGAGGAGGAAGAGGAGGAGAAGGGACCAGAGCCGCAGUCGCUUCACGAGGAGGGCCCGGAGCAGGAGACGAGCGAUGGUUCGGGUUCCUGGGAGGACGCCACGCUGCCGACGGAGGCCAGCCCGCCCCCGAUGCCUCCCGAGACGGUGGGGAGCGCCGAGUCCCCGUCGACGGCUCUCCGACACCGCCCCGCCUGCUCCAGCUCCUGAGGUCACCGCCUGCCACGUCCCUGCCUUUAGCCCCCCCCGUCCCUGACCCCCGCCCCUCCCCUCGCCCCGUAAUAAACUCUCUGGUCUCCGGGUGGUUGCCUGUUUGCUCUGGCAGAGGGGAAGGCCAGGGAGAAAUUCCUCUUCUCGGGCUUUGAGAGGAAGGAGGGUGGCAUGAAGGU